GAUAUCUGUAUAACUUACUAGAAAGAAUAAUCUCGUUUCUUAACGAGAUACUGAUCUAGGGAGAUAACUUCAGAGACGCCACAUUUUCAAUGACGUCGUGACAUUGUAAGGGCAAGGGUAGUUGGCGCAUAUACGAUAACAUGUUAGAAGGUCAAGAAAUGGCUGGCGAGAGAGGGGAAGAGGAAGUAAAUCCGCUAGGACUUUACGAAGGCGAAAGAAAUGAAAAAGGUGAUAGGCAUGGUAACGGGAAAGCUUUGCUUCCAAACGGCGAUAUGUACGUCGGACGAUAUUGCAAGGGAUUGAGGCACGGUGCAGGACUUUACGUAUUUAAAAACGGUGCUCGUUACGAUGGUGAAUGGAGACAAGGCGUUAAAUACGGUCAAGGAACCUUUUGGUACCCCGACGGAACGCGAUACGAGGGUGAGUGGAAACGUGACAUGAAAUAUGGUUUUGGCGUAUAUUAUUACGUAAAUGGCGACGUUUACGAAGGUUCCUGGAAGAAAAAUCUUCGACACGGCAUGGGAUCUUAUCUUUACGCCGAUACGAACACGAAAUUUAUGGGCACGUGGAUCAAAGAUCGUAUGGAAGGGCCUGGCCAAUUAAUUCAUCCUCGACAUCGAUUCCACGGAUUUUGGGAACUGAAUUUGCCUUAUGGACGUGGCUGCUUCACUUUUGAAAACGCUUGCAUGCAACAUGGACACUACGUGCACGUGAAAGAUCCUGAUUACGACGAGACAAAGGAAGAACCCGUCGAGGUUAGAAUUCAUUUUUCAAGAUAUUUAUCUUUCUUACGUAAGGAUAAUAAAUAUUCGAUUCAGCAAGGACGAGUAACUGAACCUGCCGCGUUAGAAGCUGAAGCUGGCGAGGGAAAUAAAAAAUUAGAAGAUACCGAGGGUGCAAAACUGGAAGAAGCUAAGCCUGUGCCAUUUGAACCACUUGCUUUAAAGAAAGGCGUUAUCGCAUUAUGGCGAGCCCGUUGCAUUACGCCGUAUAAUGCUGAUUUAUUGCCACCUGAGCCAGUACCUCUACAGGAAGAGGUAUCUGUGGACUCUCUAUUAGAUAGGUGUUCGGAAGACUUAAUAAUGGCACCGGAACGAUACUUAAAGUACGAAGACGAAUACGAAGGUGAAGGCGGCGGUUAUUACGAAGACGCUGAUUAUCCUGGAUCAUUCGUUGGAGCAAUUUAAUUUAAACAAAUCAACGUUAAACGUGAAAAAGGAAAUAUUAAUUUCUUCUUCGAUUAUAAACUUUUGCGCCAUUUGUUAAAGAAUCAAGCUUUUCUAUGACCUAAUUUCAAUAUUAUUUUCUUACCGAAGCUUUG